CACAGUUUCCUGAUCAGUUCCAGCCAUACUCAUAGUCUCCAUGGCUCGAAGCUUUGUUCUAUGGCUUCAUGGGUUGGAUGACUCUGGCCCUGCCAACGAACACAUCAAAGCCCUCUUCACUUCAUCUGAGUUCAGAAACACUGUCUGGUCCUUCCCUUCUGCUCCUUCCAUCCCAGUCACCUGCAAUAAUGGUGCCAUCACACCUUCAUGGUUUGACAUUCAUGAGAUACCUGUGACAACUGAUUCUACUAAAGAUGAAAAUGGCGUGCUCAAAGCAGUUAAGCAUGUGCAUGCAAUGCUAGACAAGGAGCUUGCUGCAGGCACAAAUCCUAAUAAUGUAUUUGUAUGUGGAGAGAGUCAAGGAGGUGCUUUGACCUUAGCAAGUGUUUUGCUAUACCCAAUAACUCUAGGAGGAGGUGCAAUCUUUAGUGGAUGGGUUCCUUUUAAUUCGUCUAUAAUAGAACAAAUCCCACCAGGGUCAAAGAAGACGCCCAUUCUGUGGUUGCAUGGUAUGGCUGACAGAACAGUAUUGUUUGAAACCGGACAAGCAGGUCAGCAUUUCCUUGAAGAAGCUGGUGUAAGUUGCGAGUUUAAGUCUUAUCCUGAUCUUGGCCAUUCGAUAAGCAAUGAGGGGUUGCAAGACCUAGAGUCAUGGAUCAUCACUCAUCUUCAGAGGUCUUUGUACUGGAUUGAUUUGUUUGCAUCUGAAAGGCUGAUUGCGUGGACCUGUGAUAGAUACUGUAUUGCUUUGAUUUCAUCAUCCUAUACAUUUAGAUGCAGCCACCAUGGAAGAACAGCGAUGGACGUUAUAACAGUGUCAACAAAGCCAAUAGCUCUCCUUACAAUCACCUUAGGUAGCACCAUUUUCUUCAUACUUCUCCUCCAGCCGCAUAAAUUUUCUCCAAAGCCAGACUCCAUGGCUCGAAGCUUUGUUUUGUGGCUUCAUGGGUUGGGUGACUCAGGCCCUGCCAAUGAACCCAUCAAGACCCUCUUCACUUCCCCUGAGUUCAGAAACACUAUAUGGAAAUUCCCUUCUGCUCCUUCAAACCCAGUCACCUGCAAUUAUGGUUCUGUCAUGCCUUCCUGGUUUGACAUUCAUGAGAUACCUGUGACAGCUGAUUCUCCAAAAGAUGAAAAUGGUGUACUUAAAGCAGUUCAGAAUGUGCAUGCAAUGAUAGAUAAGGAGCUAGCUGCAGGCACAAAUCCUAAAAACAUAUUUGUAUGUGGAUUCAGUCAAGGAGGUGCCUUGACCUUGGCAAGUGUUUUGCUAUACCCAAGAACUCUAGGAGGAGGUGCUGUCUUUAGUGGAUGGGUUCCUUUUAAUUCAACCAUGAUAGAACGAAUGCCAGCGGACGCCAAGAAGACACCUAUUUUGUGGUCACAUGGUAUGGUUGACAGAACAGUAUUGUUUGAAGCUGGACAAGCAGGUCCUCCUUUCCUUGAACAAGCUGGUGUAAGUUGCGAGUUUAAGGCUUAUCCUGGUCUGGCUCAUUCCAUAAGCAAUGAGGAAUUGCGGUACCUAGAAUCAUGGAUCAAAACUCGACUUCAGAGUUCUUCGUAGAGGUUUGUCUAGAAUGACAUUGCUGUCUACUGUUAUCAAAGCUCCUUGUGUUUGAGCUGUUAUUGGAUGAUUAAUAUGGAUGAGACUUGAUUUAUCACAUAUUCUUAUGGUAUACAUAACUCUGGAAGGAGGGAGGCCUUUCUUUUAGCUUUUUCAACUUUUGCCCAGUUGUAAUUUAGCAUUAUCAUGAACUUUCUGCAAACACACAAUUAUACUUUUGCUCAUGCAGGAAGCAAAUACUCUUUCCCCCAACAAUCUUUGUGCUUUGGCUAAUGUAAGAAGCACCCUUUUUAUUCUA